CACGCUAGCUAGUAUACACACACACACACACACACACUCACACCCAUAACACACUUACUCACUUACUCAAACUUCGCCCCAACCACUCACCUCCUCUUCCUCCACUUCCGCCUCCCUCCCCCUCCCUCCUCUGUUGCAUCAUGCCCGUGUACCUCCAUUCUAUUUAAGUAUUGCCCGAUUCCCCCGUGCCUCUCCGCACUUCUGUCUGCCUUUCGUCCAACCUCUUCCCCCCCCUUCUUCUUCUCGACUCCCUUGUACCCCCCGGUAGACAGUGUGGUGUUUGUAUAAGCCUCAUUGUCCAUCUACCGUCAUGUCUCACACACAUGCGCACUUCCAAGGCCCUACGUCCUCUUCGCCUGACAGUCAUUCCGACCACAAUGAGAAGAAGUCUGACAUCACUCCUCCCAGCCAACCUGCCCAGCAGGUCUUGAAAGAACAAGUCCCAAAAACCGAUCUGGUUGCUGGAAACAGAGAAAUCACCGAAGAUGAGUGCGCCGGAAAACUCGGCUUCGACUUUCCCGAAUGGAAGAAAUGGACCAUCUUGACCGUCAUCUUCGUCGUCCAGACCUCCAUGAACUUCAACACCUCCCUGUACUCCAAUGGUUUGGGAGGCAUUGAAGAGGAGUUUGGCGUCAGCGCCCAGGGUGCUCGUACUGGUGCUAUGAUCUUCUUGGUUACCUAUGCUUUUGGCUGCGAGCUCUGGGCUCCCUGGAGUGAGGAACUCGGUCGGAAGCCAAUUCUCCAGCUCUCUCUGUUCCUCGUCAACAUCUGGUGUAUUCCUGUUGCGCUGGCCCCCAAUUUUGCCACUCUACUUGUCGGUCGUGCGCUUGGUGGUCUCAGCUCUGCCGGUGGUUCCGUCACCCUGGGCAUGAUUGCCGACAUGUUUGACUCGGAGCAUCAACAGUACGCCGUCGCAUACAUUGUCUUCUCCUCCGUCGGUGGCUCCAUUCUUGGGCCCAUUGUCGGUGGUUUCGUUGAGCAGUAUGUGGCCGAUUGGCGCUGGACCAUCUGGAUUCAGCUCAUCUUCGGCGGCUUCGUUCAAAUCCUCCAUCUCAUCGCCGUCCCCGAGACCAGGACUACCAUCAUGAUGGACAAGAUUGCAAAGAAGAUGCGCAAGACUGGCCAGGAUCCCAACGUGUACGGCCCAAACGAGCUCAUCCCGUGGAAAGAUCGUUUCUCGGCCAAGGAGAUUGCCGUUACCUGGAUUCGUCCCUUCAAGAUGUUCUUGACCGAGCCCAUCGUCUUGACUCUGUCGCUCUUGUCUGGCUUCUCUGACGCUCUCAUCUUUAUGAACAUCCAGGCUCAAGGCCUCGUCUACGCCCAGUACGACUUUACUCCUUCGCAAGUCGGUCUCACCUUUGUUGGCUACGGCGUAGGCUAUCUCUUUGCUUGGCUAGCCUUUAUUCCUGCCAUCAAACGUAAUAUCAAAGAGCGCGCUCGCAAACCCGACGACGAGCAAGCGCAAUACGAGUCCCGCCUGUGGUUCCUCUUAUGGACUGCUCCCUGUCUUCCCAUCGGUCUGAUCGGUUUCGCAUGGACAGCCACUGGUCCUCCGAUUCACUGGAUUGCUCCUACCAUCUUCACAGCUAUCAUCGGAAUUGCAAACUACUCGAUUUACAUGGCUACCAUCGACUACAUGAUCUGCGCAUACGGUCCAUACUCGGCAUCUGCCACUGGUGGAAAUGGCUGGUCGCGUGACUUCCUCGCUGGUGUGCUCACCAUUCCUGCCACUCCAUUCUACCAGAAUAUCGGUGGCCGAUACCAUCUUGCAUACGCCUCGACCAUCCUCUGUGCUAUCUCUGCGCUCCUCGUCGUCGCCGUGUACGUCAUCUACUGGAAGGGACCCGUGCUCCGCAAGCGCUCGCCCUUUGCCCAGAAGCUGGCAUCCCAAGCCAAAGACACAAGCUCUCGCCGUGGCUCCAACGUCUAUGGAUACACCUCUCGCCAUGGCUCGCGCCACGCAUCUCGUUCGGCCAGCUUCGCGGGUCAGGGUGCCGCACAGGCCACUGGCUCUGAGAAAAGACAGGAGAUGGGUUCCAGGCAACACAGUUACGUCCAGCAAAGGCUCAACCAGCUGGCUAAUGAGAGAUCUGCCGACCAAGUCUGAAGGUCAUCAAAAUCGGCUGUUUUGCUAUGUUUUGGAGAUUUGGAUACAUGAUGCCCAUUUAUCAUUAGAAUCUUGCUUCUAUCUAUAUACCACAGGAUACCGUACCAUCGGAAACGGCGUUGGAGGAAAAUGUAUUGUAUAUCAAGAAGAAGAACACAUCUCGUAUCUAGUUUAUUGAUGACUAGCAAUACACCUGAUAUAUUCGCUCCGUCU